AUGCCAGAUCAGACUGCCUCCUUGGGAUGUCUGGUUGAAAUCGGUGGGCCGCGGGCCAGGAAUCCUAUAGAGACUCGCUUUCGGGAUCGGUGGCCCAACUCCUUCGCGUGCACGGACCGUCGCCGUGGAAUAUUUCACUCGGUGCCGGUUCGCGGCGACGCGUCCGCGAAGCGCCACGAGGAGAACCGACGCUUGCGGGAGCAUCUCCAGGACUCUGACCAACGGUGCUACACUGCAGUGCAGCUGCUUCAACAGGCGCAAGAUGUUUUGGAACAACGCACCUCGGAUGGUGUGGACUCGGAGUACAAGAUGAAGGUGUCCAUCGAGAAGGAGAAGCCCUUGGAGAUGACCAUGGAGACCGCUUCGACCAUGCACAGCAGCCGAGAGGAGAGCGCUCAGCCCUCUCCCGUGUCCCCGAACGAGCGCCCGGCGACGCAGCCGGCCUUGCACGUGCAGCCGCCCAACCUGGCAGAGCCGCCCAACCUGCCCAGCCUGCUGGGAGGCGCCCCUCCGAGUGAGAAGCGGAUCUUCUACGCCGGCUCCACGCUGGGCCCGAACCGCAUGGUGAGUUGCCCAAUGCCUCCUCCCUUCGGCUAUCAGCCCAUGCAACUGCCACAGGACCAUACGAUGCCACCGGCCUUGGGCGCCACCCUCUUGACCUCGGCCAGCACGCCUUGCAUCCCACGAAGUAAGAUGCCCAUGGCACCCAUGGCUGAACCAGUGGCCGUCCCGCCCAUGCGACAGCCCUUCAUGCCUGCGGAACCCAUCAUGGCGCAUCCACUGAGGUGA